AUGUCAGCCACCGCCGUGUCCUCCUCUUCCCGCAACACGCCCCUUCAACAGACACCAUCUUUAGUGUUUGGGCCGAAGGAUCCCCCACUUCUUGAAAAGACGCUUGGGUCUGUUAUUCAGGACCAAGCCAAGGCGUAUGGUGAUCGCACAGCCGUCGUUGUGCCCUGGCAGUCUACCCGCCUUACGUACAAGGACCUCGCGGACCGGAGCAAAAUCGCCGCCAAGGGCUUGCUUGAACUUGGCUUGAAGUAUGACGAUUGUGUGGGAAUUAUGGCAGGAAACUGCUAUCAAUACAUCGAGUUGUUCCUGGGGGCGGCUCGCAUCGGCUGCCCGUUCGUCGUCCUACAUAACACCUACUCCCCGGACGAGUUGAGUAGUGCAGUGUUGCACAGCGAUUGCAAGGUGGUUUUUAUGGCUUCUCAGAUCGGAUCAAACUCACUGUUAUCCCAUAUUCAAGCCCUAUGCGCUCUGCCGAAAGGGUCUAAGCUUGAGCACAUCGUGUGUCUCGACACCGCCAGAUUUCCAGGCCAAGGCAGUAUGUGUCAGACUUACAGCACCUUCCUCAACGGUGGUCACUCGAUCUUCAUGAACGAUUCAGCUUUGAGACGUGCGGAGCGAAAGGUUCGCCGUACCGACACGCUCAAUCUCCAAUUCACUUCUGGAGCAACUGGAUCACCAAAAGCCGCAGUUCUGACUCAUUUCAAUUUGAUCAACGACGCUAGGUUCGUUGGCGAUGCCAUGCAACUCACCCAUGAAGAUGUCGUGUGCUGCCCUCCACCUCUAUUCCAUUGCUUCGGUCUAGUGAUGGGCUUUCUAGCCGCCUUCUGCUACGGAAGCUCCAUCAUCUUUCCGUCCGACAGCUUCAAUGCCCAAAGAACUAUUGACGCCAUCAUCAACGAGAAGGCCACCGCCCUUCUCGGUGUCCCAACAAUGUUUAUUGCAGAGCUAGAGGUUCUGAAGAAGUCCGGUCAUCACAUCAGUACCGUACGCACCGGUCUCGCAGCGGGGUCUCCAGUUCCGCCUCCACUGAUGGAGAGUCUGCGCAAGGAAAUGCGGAUUGGUGGAAUGCUCAUUGCUUACGGGAUGACGGAGACCAGCCCAGUCACCUUCAUUACGGCUUUAGGUGAUACCGAUGACCGGAUGUUCAAGAGCCUAGGCAAGGUGCUCCCCCGCACUGGUGCAAAGAUCGUGGACACAAACGGUAACAUUGUGCCACGAGGCACCCGCGGGGAAAUUUGCACCAGCGGCUUUGCUUUGCAGAAGGGAUACUGGAAGGACGAGGAGAGAACCCAGGAGGUGAUGAGAACAGAUGAAGAUGGAGUUCCAUGGAUGCACACCGGCGACGAGGGUUUCAUUGACGAUGAAGGUUACGGCCACAUCACCGGCCGCAUCAAGGACUUGAUUAUUCGUGGCGGGGAGAACAUUUCCCCCAUCGAGAUCGAAGCUCGCUUGCUAUCUCAUGAGGCCGUUGGAGAGUCUUGUGUAGUGGGUCUUGAUCACAAGAAGUACGGCGAAGUUGUGGCAUGCUUCCUGAAAUUAGAAUCAGACGCGACCAGGCCCUCUGAUGAGGAGAUUAGAACAUGGGUCACGCAGCGAUUGGGCCGACACAAGGCCCCCGAGUACAUCUUUUGGCUUGGAAGUCCCGACGUUGGUAGCGAGCUGCCAAAGACCGGCAGCGGAAAGUAUCAGAAGCAUCUUGUUAGGGAGCUCGGAAAUGCAUUGGUGAAGCGAUCUAAAGUACAGGCAAAAUUGUAA